AUACUUUCACUCUGUCUCUCUCUCUCUAAAUUUCAUCAAGGCACAGAAACCCACGAGUCCACAACAGUUUCAGUGCUUUCUUCAUCUUUGUCACCAACCCUUGUUCUUGCAUUCUUGGGAUUUUAAUAUCAAAACAAUGGAGUUUCAGUUUCCUCAUGAAAAUGGGAAUGGUCGUGCUUCGGCUGAUGAUAGUUUCUGCAAAAUGAAAGAUCCAUUGAAUUGGGGUUUGGUGGCGGAGUCGCUGAAGGGUAGCCAUUUUGAUGAAGUGAAGCGAAUGGUUGGUGAGUUCCGAAAGCCGGUUGUUCGACUAGGGGGUGAGACACUGACCAUAUCACAGGUGGCAGCGGUGGCGGCCGGCGGUGGAGUGUCGGUGGAGCUAUGUGAGUCGGCCAAGGAAGGGGUGAAAGCCAGCAGUGAGUGGGUGAUGGAGAGCAUGAAGAAAGGGACAGAUAGUUAUGGGGUCACAACUGGGUUUGGUGCAACAUCUCACAGGAGGACUAAGGAAGGAGCUGCUCUUCAGAAGGAGCUUAUAAGAUUCUUGAAUGCUGGAAUAUUUGGCAACGGUACAGAGUCAUGCCACACAUUGCCCCACUCUACAACAAGGGCAGCCAUGCUAGUUAGGAUCAACACACUCCUCCAGGGUUACUCUGGAAUAAGAUUUGAGAUACUGGAAGCCAUCACCAAGCUUCUCAAUCACAACAUUACCCCAUGGUUGCCACUGCGCGGCACCAUCAGCGCCUCCGGUGACCUAGUCCCCUUGUCAUACAUUGCUGGACUACUCACCGGCCGUCCUAAUUCCAAGUGUGUAGGGCCUAAUGGAGAGUCCCUUGAUGCCUGGGAAGCAUUCCGCCUUGCCGGGAUUGAUGGUGGAUUCUUUGAGUUGCAGCCCAAAGAAGGCCUUGCACUUGUUAAUGGCACAGCAGUUGGGUCUGGCUUGGCCUCCAUAGUCCUUUUCGAGGCCAAUGUACUAGCAGUUUUUUCAGUUGUUGUGUCCGCAAUUUUUGCGGAAGUAAUACAGGGGAAACCGGAGUUUACUGAUCAUUUGACACACAAAUUGAAGCAUCACCCUGGCCAAAUUGAGGCUGCAGCUAUCAUGGAACAUGUUUUAGAUGGCAGUUCUUAUGUUAAAGCAGCAAAAAAGUUUCACGAAACAGACCCUUUCCAAAAGCCUAAGCAGGAUCGGUAUGCUCUCCGUACCUCACCACAAUGGCUUGGCCCUCAGAUCGAAGUCAUCCGAUCAUCCACGAAAUCAAUUGAACGAGAAAUCAAUUCAGUGAAUGAUAACCCUUUGAUCGAUGUGUCGAGGAACAAGGCCUUAAAUGGCGGGAAUUUCCAGGGUACCCCAAUUGGUGUCUCCAUGGACAACACAAGAUUAGCUAUAGCUGCCAUUGGAAAACUGAUGUUCGCUCAAUUUUCCGAGCUGGUUAAUGACUUCUACAACAAUGGGUUGCCUUCAAAUCUGUCAGGUGGACGAAACCCGAGCUUGGAUUAUGGGUUCAAGGGUGCUGAGAUUGCCAUGGCGGCCUAUUGUUCCGAGCUCCAAUUCCUUGCCAACCCUGUCACGAACCAUGUCCAAAGUGCCGAGCAACACAACCAAGAUGUGAACUCUCUAGGACUGAUUUCUUCAAGAAAGACAGCCGAAGCAGUUGAAAUUUUGAAGCUUAUGGCAUCAACUUAUUUGGUUGCAAUUUGCCAAGCUGUUGAUUUGAGGCAUUUGGAGGAGAAUUUGAAGAACACAGUCAAGAGAACUGUGAGCCAAGUGGCUAAUAAAGUUCUCUCAAUGGGCAUCAAUGGAGAGCUUCAUCCUUCAAGAUUCAGUGAGAAAGACUUGCUCAAUGUAGUCGAUCGCGAGCAUGUUUAUGCAUACAUUGAUGAUCCAUGCAGUGCAACUUACCCAUUAAUGCAAAAGCUCAGGGAAGUCCUUGUUGAUCAUGCAUUGACCAACGGCAAUGACAUGAACAAUUCCAACUUUUCGAUCUUCCUCAAGAUUAGAGCUUUCGAGGAGGAACUAAAUAGCCUCUUACCUGAAGAGGUUGAGAGCACCAGAAGCAGUUGGGAGAGCGGAAAUCUUGCGAUUCCAAACAGGAUCAAGGAAUGCAGGUCUUACCCUCUGUAUAAGUUUGUGAGGGAAGAGUUGGGGACUAGUUUUUUGACUGGAGAGAAGAUUAUCUCACCAGGAGAGGAAUUCGACAAGGUGUUCUCAGCAAUUUGUGAAGGAAAACUCAUCGAUCCACUGCUAGAGUGUCUCAAGGGUUGGAAUGGCACCCCUCUUCCAAUUUGA